ACGUGACCCGGCUGCCCACUUCGCCUGCGAGUUUGACAGGAGUUUGAAUCGGACUCGGGGGCUUUCUGCUGCCGGCGGGCAGAGCGGCGGCCUCAGCCUCGGCGAGCGCGAGCGUCCGCGGCCCCGCCACCCCGCCCCUGCACCACCAUGUCCUCGACGGAGAGCUCCGGCCGCGCGGCGGACAAGUCGCCGCGCCAGCAGGUAGACCGCCUGCUCGUGGGGCUGCGCUGGCGGCGCCUGGAGGAGCCGCUGGGCUUCAUCAAAGUUCUCCAGUGGCUCUUUGCUAUUUUCGCCUUCGGGUCCUGCGGCUCCUACAGCGGGGAGACAGGAGCAAUGGUUCGCUGCAACAACGAAGCCAAGGACGUGAGCUCCAUCAUUGUUUUGUUCGGCUAUCCCUUCAGGUUACACCGGGUCCAGUAUGAGAUGCCCCUCUGUGACGAUGACUCCACCUCCAAGACCAUGCACCUCAUGGGGGACUUUUCCGCCCCUGCUGAGUUCUUUGUGACCCUUGGCAUCUUUUCCUUCUUCUAUACUAUGGCUGCCCUAGUCCUCUACCUGCGCUUUCACAAACUCUACACGGAGAACAAGCGCUUCCCACUGGUGGACUUCUGUGUGACUGUCUCCUUCACCUUCUUCUGGCUGGUAGCUGCAGCUGCCUGGGGCAAGGGCCUGAUGGAUGUCAAAGGAGCCACACGGCCGUCCAGCCUGACUGCAGCCAUGUCCGUGUGCCAUGGAGAGGAAGCAGUGUGCAGUCCUGGAGCCACACCCUCCAUGGGGCUGGCCAACAUCUCUGUGCUCUUCGGCUUUAUCAACUUCUUCCUGUGGGCUGGGAACUGUUGGUUUGUGUUCAAAGAGACCCCGUGGCAUGGACAGGGCCAGGACCAGGGCCAGGGCUCCAGCCAGGAGAGCGCAGCUGAGCAAGGAGCUGUGGAGAAGCAGUAAGCAGCCCCCAUCUGGCUACUCCCGAACUGGACAGCACCUCUUCAACACCUCCGGCUUCCAGGGCCUCCCUCUUCCUCCUCCUCCAGCUCCCUCCCCCCAUCAUCCUGGGCUUUGGGCUUCAAGACGUCGGGUAGGCAGGCAUCAACUGUCAGAAACCUGGGCAGCCGUCCUAGUGGCUUCCUAUCUCUCCUCUUGCUGGAGCCCCUGUCGGCAGGAGCUCAGAGAUUCUUGACUGCUGCCAUGACCCACGCAUCUUACACAGGGUCCCACUUGUACCCUCCCAGCCUCUAAGUACCAGCCUCUGCUGCAGGUGAGAGCUGGGGGCAACAGAUCAGAGUCUUGAAACUGGUCCCCAGCUACUUUUCAAUCACCUGUCCACACAGGGGUCAAGGGGCGUCCUCCUGGUCCAUGUAGCCAGAGCCCAGAGCUUCCCCCUUACUUCUUUGGCCUCUGUUUGCCCACAAAGCCUACCAUAUAUGAUCCAGGGAGGCCCACUAUUCUAGAAACAGGCCCUUAGAGGGUUCACAUGAGGCCUGGACUCAACUGGAGCAGACAAACUGCAAGUGAGUUGCAACUUUAAGGAAGAAAGCCAGGAAACUUGCUGGCAGAAUCUUUUUUUUUUUUUUUUUUUUGUAUUUCCUGAGUCACAUCAUCGUCACCCCGUCCACCCCACCCCACCCCACCCCUGCCCCCAGGCUGGGGCACUAUCCACCAGCACUCUAAAGUCUAUUUACUAUAGAGACUCCUUCCCUUUCUCCCCAUCCUUCUUGGGUUUGGUCUCAUCUCACACUUGGGACAGGAGAUGAGAGGCCAGCAGCAUAUCGAUUUCAGUCCCCUCCCUCUCCCCCCACCUCUCAGCCCAUCUCCCUUCCCCAGCCUCUUGGGUCUGAGGCAAGAUCCUUCUUGAAGUUUGUCCAGGCCUUCCUUUUAUUCCUGUGGGGCCACAUAGGGGCUUUGGAAGGGCCCAAAGGACCAUCGUGAGGCUGAGUUAUCCCAGAGCUCCAGAACAUGGAUAGAUGAGCCCAUUUCUCCCCAACUCUGUUCAUACCUAUGCCCUCCACCUCCGCUCCUUCUCUAGUCCUCACUUUUCUUUUGUGUUUUUAAGACAGGGUCUCGCUAUGCAAUUAACGCUGGCCUUGAACUCAUUUUGUAGCCCA